AUUGUGCCUGUUCACAAUAGUGAAUGCUGGUUAGAUGAAUGCUUGAAGUCGGUUUGGGAACAAGAUUUUAAAGGAACUAUGGAGCUGUCAAUUUUUAACGAUGCCAGUAAGGAUGGUUCAGCUGAAAUAAUUGAAAAAUGGAAGGUCAAGUUGGAAGAUGCUGGUGUUCCAGUAAUCAUUGGUAGUAAUGAUUCAUCUCAACCUCGAGGUGUUGGAUUUGCUAAAAAUCAAGCAGUAAUUCAGAGCUCAGGAACCUAUCUCUGCUUUCUGGAUUCAGAUGAUGUGAUGAUGCCACAGCGUGUUAGACUGCAGCACGAAGCUGCCAUUCAACAUCCAAACAGUAUUAUUGGUUGCCAAGUCAGAAGAGAGCCACUGGAGUCUACUGAACGGUAUACUCGUUGGAUCAAUAAUCUGACUGAAGGACAACUUCUUACACAG